AUGCAUCCGCGUCUCCGUUAGCAGUCCAAGACUUAUGGAUUAUUGACGAACGACCCCCUGCCGUGGGAAAUUCUUCGCACAAAGCGCUCUUCCACAUGAGCGAACUCGUCGCCUCGUACCCAAACCUGGUCACGCUUAUCAUUCGCGAUAGUGCGAGCGGGUUAAAAGCAUCGGGACAAGAUUUGAUAAGAUGGGCAAUCCUGAACGAUUUCGGUCUUCAGCUGAUCCUCGGUCAGUUGAACAAGUUGAAACAUUUCGAUGUGAAAGGAAACCUCUUUUUCGUCACGGAUUGUGGAAUUACUGGAUUUUCCGAGGGGGAGGUGGAGGUUCGCAAGUUGGGAGGAGGGAAAAAGGUGGCAAAUAUUCCUAAUAAUGAUGUCGACACUGUGUCGCCACCGGCGUCAGAUGAUCGGACCACGGAAAAAAAUAAUGAUAAGCGAAUUUCAUUCAGUUCUUUAAAAUCUUUGCAGUAUUGCAGUUUGGAAUAUGUCGGGCCAAAAUUUACCAGUGUUUCUCUUCAGUAUGGAUUCAGUGGAUUGGAAGAGUUGAAACAUCUCAAAAUUUCGGGGCUUAUUCAAGUUGAUUCUGAAUCGAUUACAAAAUUCAAGGACAAUUUUCUCUCUGGGAAGAAAGAGAAGGAUUUUUGCAACAUUGAAAUUACACCGUUGAAGCAAUAAUGCAGA